UCUUCUCUGUUUUUUCAUAUUUUCAGAGUGCUUAGUUUGAUCAUUUAAUAUCGUCAUGCCAACCAUAGAAGAAAUGAACGAUGAUGCCCCAGGGAACACUCCGCCCAGUUCCUCCUCGAGCAGUACCACAUCAGGAAGCAACAGUGCCACCGAUGGGGCUACAGGUGGGCAGUUUGGAAUUGGGAAGGUGGUGGCUCACCUAACCGAGUUCAAAGUAGAUGCGGCCCUGUGGGCGUCUCGUCUUGCUACAGUUGUGUGCAGUAUCCUAUAUGUAUUCCCUAUUCUUGGACAAGCAGCCGGUCACAGCUCCUACCAACGAGCCCUGAUCCUCAACGGUUUGACCAGUGCCCUAAGACUUCAUCAGCGCAUGCCGCGUGUUCAGUUCAACAGGAUGUACCUUGGACAGCUUCUGCUGGAGGACAGCUGUCACAAUCUCCUCUACUCGCUCAUCUUCAUCAACAGCUACCCACUCACAUUUGUGCUGACACCAGUUUUCUUGUUUGCAGUCUUACAUUCAUCUAGCUUCACCAAGAAACUUGCCAAUAUCGCCGGACCAAACAGCAUGAUGUUGUUGCGUCGACUUGUUGAUAAAGUCAUCUCAUACCAAGUAGACAUCCUACGUUUCAUAGCUCUUGAUGAGAUACUCAUUAUGCCAGUUCUUAUCUUUAUGAUGGCCACUGGUCGCAUGAAUCUGAUAGCCCCCUUCAUGUACUUUAGAUUCCUGACAUUCCGCUAUGCCUCAAGAAGGAAUCCAUACUGCAAACAAAUAUUCCACGAGAUGAGGUUACGCACAGAGCAGUACUGCAGUCAGCCCAACACGCCAGCAUUCCUCGCUAAUUUCCUCACAAAGUGUAUCGGCAUGCUGAGCCGUUUCGCUCCCCAGGACCCCUACCAGCAGCAGCAGCAGCAACAGCAGCAAUAGCCCGCCAAACCUCCUCUAAGAACCGUGAAUAACUCAUUCUUACUUUAAUACAGGUAUUGUAUUUGACUUAUGAGACUCUGAAAAGACCAGUCAUUUAACAGCAAUUUGUAACUCAUCCUUUGAUACUUUUCCUGAUUUAAAGUUAUCAAUGACACAUCUUAAAGCCCUACUGCACUACUUAUAGCUGCUUGCGCCCUCUAUAUAACAAACAAUGCGUCAUUGGUGACCAUUUGAUGAGAUAACCACCUGUCCAGUGACCUUGCAGGGUGGUCUAAUCCCUCCUCUUAACUAGUACAGAUGGGCUUUAACAAACUAGAAUUUGAAGAAGAAUUUUGUAAGUCAUCAUUACUUUUAUCAUCCAAAGUUUGAGAUGGUAAAGUAAUCACACCAUAUUGUACCCAAGAUACAAGGAAAAAAUGUCCGCAUUGCUGCCCAUUAUUAGGUUUGGUAUAAUUUGUUCAGCAUAUGACUGUAAAAAACAAUUACAGACAUUAAACAUUAGAAAGAGUUCUAUUGGUACUAUUAGGUAGAGUCAAAGACUUUGGUUUUCAGCAAAAAAGAAUUGCAUAUUGGUUUAGUGGGAGUGGAACUAUUUCUAGGGUUGAAGGAGAGGCAAACUGUAUUGCUGUUUCAUAGAACCAGAUAGAGAUUUAAUCCCUCGUUGCUAAAAAGUCACCAAGACCGAAUAAAAUGAUACAAAAAUAUUGUGACAAGGAAAAUAUUGAUGACACUUAUGGUAUGCUUUCAUUUAGGAAAAUUUAGCUUGAAAGGUUUGAAGUGCAGUUUUCAUGUGAAAGAGGAGCAAAAUUAUAUACAGCUCUUGAAACAUCGUAUUACGUGCUUUACAAAUAUAGCAGUUGUUAUAUAAUUGUUUCUACAUGUCUCGAAGUGUGUGUUUGAAAGUUAUGUAGUCAUUCAAUUCAAUGUGACUUUUAACAAUUGAAUGGCUAACACCAAAAUUAACCCAAAACUGUUUAUAGGGUACAGUGUAGACCUCCUCCAUGUUCAUACAAAAACAAACAAACAAAUAUGGCUUGAAAUAUUUCUACCAAAAAGGUAAUUGUGUUUUAUUAAGAUUUUUUUUUGUGUGAAAGCUCUAUCUUAGGUUGAAUAAAAUAUGCUGUCCCAUGAAAAUUGAUUUCCUUUUUUAAGAAUAAGCUUUACCAAUUAUUGAGAGGUUUGUUUAUAACUUUUAAUUAAUUUUUGUCUCCCAUCAUUUUUUUUCCAGCAAAUUUUACAAGUUCAAAAUGAUGAUAUGGUAUGUGAGUAAGAACUAAAUAUUUUCUAGUUUCACAUUCAAUUAUAUUUCCUCUCAAGAAUUUUGUCCAUGGGUACUUUCUUCUAACAGACUGUACCAAAGAGUUGGAUCUAUUAGCUGAAUCACUAUGUUUUUACUACACCCAUAUGAUGCUGCUGAAAACACUCUGAAAAUAUUUGAACUGCUUUUGUGGCAUAGAGUUACAGAUACUUCUUAUUUAGGAUAAGGCAUUCCCAAAUACAAUGGCCCAUUGCCCUUUCAACUCAACUGCCCUGUUAUUUUGUUUUCGGUCAUGAAUAAGAAGUACAGGACGAUCAGAAUCUUUGUGAAAUGUGCUAUCAUUUUUAUAAAGGUAUCGUUGAUUUCAUGGAUGUAGCAUUAGAAUUUAUGUUUGAUGUUUGUAUAAAAAGUCCUGAUGAUUGUGUUAACGUAGUUUAUGAGA